AUGUUGGAUAAUGCCCAGACCUGCUUGCGCAGGUACUACUACUGGCUUGUUGAUGGACGCGAGCUCUUCUGGGGGCUGCUACAGCGACCGUUCCAGCAUGCUGCCACCGGGCACCGUGUAGGAGAGCCAGCCGAGGCGGGAUGCGCCCACAGGGCCGGCCGGAGCGGCGCGGGCUCAGGCGGCACGGGCGGGAGGCGGCACGGCGGGGGAUGCCGGAGCGGGGUAGCGCUGGGGGUCCCGCCGGCGCUCCCGGCGGAGGCGGGCGGGGCGCGGGGCNCGCCGCCGGGCCCCUGCCCCGAGCCCUCCCCGCUGCUCGUUGGUGCACUACGUGUGGAGUUCUCCCAGCCUGUAAACCUGGAAGAAGUGGCAAGAAUAAACCCACAGGUCAAAGCAGGAGGUCGUUUUGCUCCGAAGGACUGUAUAGCACUUCAGAAAGUAGCAAUAAUCAUACCGUUCAGGAACCGAGAGGAGCACCUGAAGUACUGGCUCUAUUACCUGCACCCAAUUCUCCAAAGGCAGCAACUAGAUUAUGGAGUAUAUGUUAUCAACCAGGAUGGAGAAGAAGAAUUUAACCGUGCUAAACUGCUGAAUAUUGGAUUUGCAGAGGCCUUGAAGGAGUAUGACUAUGAUUGCUUUGUGUUUAGUGAUGUAGACCUCAUCCCAAUGGAUGACAGGAACACCUACAAAUGUUACAGCCAGCCACGGCACCUCUCUGUAUCCAUGGAUAAAUUUGGAUUUCGGUUGCCUUACAAUCAGUACUUUGGAGGCGUGUCUGCCCUAAGCAAAGAGCAGUUCACAAAGAUCAAUGGGUUCCCAAACAAUUACUGGGGCUGGGGUGGUGAAGAUGAUGACAUUUAUAACAGGCUGGUGUUUAAAGGCAUGGGGAUAUCCCGUCCGGAUGCGGUCAUUGGGAAGUGCAGAAUGAUUCGGCAUUCCCGGGACAGGAAGAACGAACCCAACCCUGAGAGGUUUGACCGAAUUGCUCACACACGGGAGACAAUGAAUUCUGAUGGCUUAAAUACACUAUCCUACAAGGUUUUAAGAACUGACAAGUACCCUCUGUAUACAAAGAUCACAGUGGAUAUUGGCUCCCCCAAUAGCUAACAUCAGUGACACAACAGAGACUUGCCUAUAUUGCCCAGGAUAUCUGGCCUCACUGAUGCAUUAUAUGUGCUGGUUUUAUAAGAGUUGCAGUGAACCAAAAAAAAGGCCUCUUUUGGCAUGCCAAAGUGUCUCCAAAUUGGUUGGACAAGUGCUUUUUUAAAUUUUUUUUUUAAAUUUCAAACUUGACUUUACACAACUUUCUAGCUCUCUGUUGUUUUGUAAGCCCAGAAGCUGUACAUACAAGUUGUAAAUAGUUACUUUGCCAGAAAACGUUGGAUCUGAUGUAUUUGCUGCAGUACUCCCCAUGUUGAAUUAAUUGCUGGACUCAAAUUUUUCUGAUUAUGACUGUGAUAUAUCAACUGUAACUGCCCAUGAUAUUUGGUAUUUUGAUUGAGGUGUGUGCAGACAUUCUUUUUAAUUCAUUCCUGGUUUUACUUUAUGAAGGACUGUAAAAUGCUGCUAAAAUUGUCCAAGUUUACGCUUUGCAUUAGAUUUUUUUUAAUGGAGACAGCAAAAUACAACUUUUUUUCUCAGAGUGACCAAAACAAACAUCUCCUCUAUGUGCAGAGCAGGUGUUGAACAAUCAAGUCUGGAUUCAAUGAAUGUCAUUAUUUCAUUUAAUCUCAAAGGAGGCUUUGAGUGAGUUGAGACAGUUUGCCAGAAUUUGUGGGUAAGCUCCCUGCAUAGGGUGCGAAGCUAUACAGAUGCCAUCUCUAAAAACCACUGGCCUCAGAUAACCUUACUUCUGAAUAUGACAGAGAUUAUUUGCUUCAGCACAACACCACCUGGGAUUUUUUUUUUUUUAGAGGUGGAGGAAUUCAGAGAGGGAUUUGAGGUGCUGAUUUGUCUUUUGGGGUUUUUUUCCAUUAAAUAAAGAUUAAUUUAAUUGCACAAAUAAAUUAUGGCCUUAACAUUUGCUAACACUUGUUAGCAGUGGUAAGAAGUUACCACACUAUUUAAACAUUGUCUGAAGCUUCCUAAAACCAAAAUUUUCUCUUGCAACGUUGUGCAUAAAACUUGAAAUCUUUUAUUACUUUUGUUGUUGUUGUAACAUUUUAAUAACUUUUAAAAGUAAUUUGUGUAUCAUAAGCAGUAUAUUUAAUACCAGAUUAAAGUAGGGUGCAGUGUAAUAGGAUGUGAUUCAAAGCCUCCUUUAUCUUUAGACUAGUAGGCUUUUUAUGUGCGUCAUUAUAUAUAAGCCAUGUAUUUUGUUUGCUCUGUGUAUUUGUCUAUUAAAUCUCCUGCGGUGCUGAGAUAUUCACAGCAGGGCUGACAUCCAAA